CAGUCACGAAUGUUAAAAGGUCAAACACCACUGAUACUAAAGUGACUACGUUCCCUGAUAAGACCAGUUGUUUCUCUAAAAGAACAAGGGACAGUUAGGCGGAGAAAUGAACAUAGGAGUUUGGAUUCCAGUGGGGAUUAUGUGCAUGAUUAGAGCGUCAGAAUGCAUAGAGUGUUUCAGUUGUCAAAACAUUGCUGAUCCUAAUGAGUGCAGAAAUACUUCACAAUGUUCCAGUGGUCAAUCAUGCUCUUUACAAACAUUCCAAGCUGACUCCGAAAUACGCUACACCAUGGGAUGUCAAAACAAUCAGUUAUGCAGUUCCCUCGCUGUUAGCCCACACAGUAUCAUCGGUCGCUCCGUCCAGACGAGACAGCAGUAUAUAUGCUAUGAAUGCUGCAGUACUGACCGAUGCAAUGAGAACCUUUGCUUUCAUAAAAAACCUUCCGAGUGCACUGACGACGAAACACUCGACUGCGCUCGAUUAAAUACUCUGUUUAAUGUUUGCGCAGAUGUUCAUCAUGCAAAAAUCACGUGUCCAAAGUUCUGUGGCCUGUGUCAGCUCGUUGAUGGAAACUGGGCGGAAUGGGGCACAUGGACGCAGUGCAGUGUGACAUGUGCGAAUGGAACGCAGGAGCGUACACGCACCUGCAGUAAUCCGCCCCCUAGCAACGGUGGCCUAAACUGCAAUGGACCAGCUGUUGACAUUAAACUGUGCACACAGCAGCUUUGUCCAGUGCAUGGAAACUGGACGGAUUGGUCCAGUUGGUCUAGUUGCUCAGUUACCUGUGAUGUUGGACUAAUGAAAAAGACAAGAACCUGCACCAAUCCAAGACCAGAUAGAUUUGGCGACAAUUGUUAUGGCGAUGCUAGCGAAUAUGCUGUUUGCCAAAAUGAACACUGCGUUGCUCCGGUGCAUGGCAACUGGUCAGCCUGGUCCGUAUGGUCCACUUGUUCUGUCACGUGUGAUGGGGGACUUCAGAAGAGAUUAAGGACGUGCACCAAUCCUAAACCAAACGCUCUAGGCGACGACUGUGUGGGUGAUCAUAGCGAAUAUACUUUAUGUCUUAAUGAACCUUGUGGCGCCAGAAAUGGUGGCUGGUCUACGUGGGGUUCGUGGCAGAGCUGUUCAGUCACCUGUGGAGUAGGUCGCAGGCUGAUGAGCAGGAUCUGUUCUAACCCGAGUCCAACUAUAUACGGAAAAGCUUGCGAGGGAAACUCAGAGGCAUUUGACGUUUGUGUAAACAGACCGUGUAAUGUUGUAGCCUUCAACGCUCACGGGAUCAACAUAAUUUUGUCAAAUAAUGUCAAUACAUUUCCAACCGUGAUCUUCAACGAAGGCAAUGCUUACAAUCCCUACACUGGACACUUGACAGCCCCUGUGGACGGAAUAUAUUACUUCACUGUGGUUAUCUGCUAUUGGCCUCGACAUGCUUUGGGUUUUGCCAUCUACAAGGGAAAUGCCGAUAUGAGCAGCUUUACACGCUUGACGAUUAACUAUGCAUACAAUGCUGACGACGCUACAUGUACAUCGGCCUCCUCAUCUGCUAAGCUGAACAGAAACGAGCACGCCUGGGUUCAAAUGAAUCAGCAUUACACAGGAGAACUAUUUGAAGCUAUUAAUGCUUGGAACACAUUUACCGGAGCUCUUGUCCAAGAGCUCUAAUAAAUAUGUCAAGUUUU